UAUUCAUUCAUCUUUAGGACUUCAGUCGUCCCUUAGGGUCAAUUGUUUUAUAAUGGGAACUAAAUAUGUUGUGAAGUACUUGCUGCACGUAGGACAUAUUUUUGUUGCAACACACAGCCAUCAUGGAGGCGGAACGAAUUUUACAAUAUCUGACCGAAGUUGAAGAGGCAGCGGAGGAUGUUCUUGCAAACAAACAACAGAUCGUGGAUCUGGACACAAAGAGGAAUAUGAACAGGGAAGCGUUGAAUGCUCUGAAACAUGAGAUGGCAUCAGAAGAAAAAGUGAAGGUUUGCUGUGGAAACAUGUUCAUCCAAUUCCCCAAAGCGUUUAAGACGAAAGAGAUGAUACAGAGGAGACUUGUGUUUGUGUUUCCAGGGAAACCGGAGCUGACAGGAUACAACCUGUGUCCUCUUUCCGAUGUCGAGGUGAAGGCCAUCAACCACCUGAUGAAGAGAUGAGGGUCUGACCCAAUGGCGGCUGGUGGUCAUUUAUAUUGGAGGCUCUGGAACAGAAUUAAUGGAACAGUAUCAAACACAUGGUUUGAGGAACAACACAUCCUAAACCCCACGUGGACCCUCAACAGUGGGAGACUGCAAAACGUAUAUGAAUGCAACAUGUAAAGUUCUGGUCCCUUGUAUCAUGAGCUAAAAUAAAAGAUCCCAGACAUUUUCCAUA